CCAGGUCGUGCUCAUCCUCCAACUCACGACACGCCCCGCACCGAACCGAACCACAGACCAUCGCGCACACCAACCUCUUCGCCGACGCGGCCAUGGCGGCGACAGCGACGGUGAGCUCGGCGGGCGGGAUCCUCGCCAUGCUCCACGAGCCGGCGGAGGAGCUCAAGCUGCACGCGCUCGCCAGCCUCAACUCCGUCGUCCACCUCUUCUACCCGGAGAUCUCCACCAGCAUCCCCGCCAUCGAGAGCAUGUAUGAAGACGACGAAUUUGACCAGAGACAGCUUGCUGCACUAGUUGUUUCUAAGGUGUUCUACUACCUGGGCGAGUUAAAUGAUGCACUGUCGUAUGCACUUGGUGCUGGACCUCUGUUUGACGUUUCUGAGGAUUCUGAUUAUGCUCUGGCUCUUUUAGCCAAAGCAUUAGAUGAAUAUGCGAGUUUCAAGACAAGAGCUUCUAAAGCUAUGGAGGAAGAAGAGAAUGUGGAUCCUAGACUAGAGGCCAUAGUGGAGAGGAUGUUGGAGAGGUGUAUUCUUGAUGGGAAAUACCAACAGGCCAUGGGUAUGGCUGUUGAAUGCAGGAGACUGGAUAAGCUGGAGGAAGCAAUUGUUCAGUGUGCUAAUAUUCACGGGGCUCUUUCAUAUUGCAUCAACCUUUCUCAUCAAUAUGUUAGUCACCGUGAAUAUCGUUCUGAGGUUCUUCGCUGUCUUGUUAAAAUAUACCAGACUUUGCCGCAUCCAGAUUAUCUGAGCAUCUGCCAGUGCCUUAUGGUUCUGGGCGAGCAUGAAACUGUUGCGAAUAUAUUGGACACACUACUUUCUGGAAGCCAGGAUGAUGCUCUCAUUGCAUACCAAAUUGCUUUUGAUCUAGUGGAAAAUGAAAAUCAGGCCUUCCUUCUGAAUGUGGGGAAUCGCCUGGACUCACAGACUCCUGGCCAGUCAGCUUUACCGGUUGAUCAGACUGUUAACGCGCGUACAACUAGCACAGAACCAGCGGGUGAUGUUCAGAUGGGAGAUGGCACAACUACUUCAAACAGAAAUGCUCACCCAGUGGAUCCAAAUGAGGCAGCGCAUGCUGAUAGGCUUGCAAAACUUAAAGGGAUACUGUCAGGGGAGAAGUCUAUUCAGCUUACGCUGCAAUUUUUGUAUAGCCACAACAGGUCUGAUCUUCUAAUUCUGAAGACAAUAAAGCAGGCUGUGGAAACGAGUGGCAAUGUUUGCCAUAGUGCAACUGUUUGUUCCAAUGCGAUCAUGCAUGCAGGAACAACUGUAGAUACCUUUUUAAGAGAAAAUCUGGAAUGGUUAAGCAAGGCAACCAAUUGGGCUAAAUUUAGUGCGACAGCUGGACUGGGUGUCAUUCAUAGAGGCCACCUUCAGCAAGGUCGGGCUUUGAUGGCCCCGUACCUACCUCAAAAUGGUGCAGUUGGUGGUGGCAGUCCAUAUUCAGAAGGUGGUGCCCUCUAUGCUUUAGGUUUGAUUCAUGCCAACCAUGGCGAAGGAAUCAAACAAUUCCUCCGUGAAAGCCUUCGCAACACCAGUGCAGAGGUGACAUUUUGUUCCUUGUCCUUUUUGCGUAAUGCUAAUUAUAUUGUGAAUUUUCUUAAUCAAAACUGUAUUAUUAUACAGGUCAUCCAGCAUGGUGCCUGUUUGGGACUUGGGCUUGCAUCUCUCGGGACAGCAGAUGAAGAAGUGUUUGAGGACAUAAAGAAUGUCCUUUACACAGACAGUGCAGUAGCUGGUGAAGCAGCUGGUAUCGGCAUGGGUUUGCUCAUGGUUGGCACAGCCAGUGAGAAGGCCGGUGAGAUGCUUGCUUAUGCACAUGAUACACAGCAUGAAAAGAUUAUCAGGGGUUUGGCACUUGGCAUCGCAUUGACAAUGUAUGGCAGGGAGGAGGAAGCUGACACCUUGAUCGAACAAAUGACUAGAGAUCAAGAUCCCAUACUACGUUAUGGUGGUAUGUAUGCAUUGGCUCUAGCGUACAGAGGAACUGCAAACAACAAAGCUAUCCAUCAGCUGCUGCACUUCGCUGUAUCGGACGUCAGUGAUGAUGUUCGUAGGACUGCAGUUAUGGGUCUUGGAUUUGUUCUAUACAACGAACCUGAGCAGACUCCAAGAAUUGUGUCCCUGCUCUCUGAAUCGUACAACCCACAUGUUCGUUAUGGUGCAGCCCUAGCUGUUGGGAUAUCCUGUGCAGGCACAGGGUUAAGUGAUGCCAUUUCCUUGUUGGAGCCUCUCACAUCAGACGUUGUUGACUUCGUACGCCAGGGGGCUCUAAUUGCUAUGGCAAUGGUCAUGAUCCAGACUAAUGAGUCCUUUGAUUCUCGUGUUGGAACAUUUAGGCGUCAGUUGGAAAAGAUCAUUCUUGACAAGCACGAGGACACCAUGAGCAAAAUGGGCGCCAUACUUGCUUCUGGCAUUCUAGAUGCCGGUGGCAGGAAUGUCACAAUCAAACUUCGCUCGAGGAACAAGCAUGACAAGCUCACUGCUGUGAUUGGCCUCGCUGUUUUCACCCAGUUCUGGUACUGGUACCCUCUCCUAUACUUCAUCAGCCUGGCCUUCUCGCCAACGGCCAUCAUGGGUCUCAACUCGAAUCUGGAAGUGCCGAAGUUUGAAUUUAUGUCACAUGCUAAGCCGUCCCUCUUUGAGUAUCCGAAACCGACGACCCAGCAGGCUACAACUUCGGCUGUCGAGCUGCCCACAGCCAUUUUGUCAACCUAUGCCAAGGCAAAAUCUAGGGCGAAGAAGGAUGCGGAAAGCAAAGCUGCUGCUAACCAGGAGAAGACAGCAGCAGAAGCAGAAAGCAAAGCUGCUAACCAGGAGAAGUCAACGGAAGAUGCUUCCGGUUCUACUUCUGGCAAGGCAGCUGAUGCAAUGCAGGUGGACAGCACUGCAGAGAAGAAGGCUCCAGAGCCAGAACCGGCCUUCCAGAUCCUGGCGAACCCAGCCCGCGUCGUCCCCCUGCAGGAGAAGUUCAUCAAGUUCAUCGAGGGCAGCCGAUACGUCCCCGUGAGGCCCGCCCCCUGCGGCGGGUUCAUCCUCCUACGAGACAUGCAGCCCAGCGAGGCCGAGGAGCUCGUCGUGCUCACCGACGCCCCCGCGACAGGGCAGCCGGUGCCCGGUGCCUCUGCCAUGGCCGUCGACGACGACGAGCCCCAGCCGCCCCAACCUUUUGAGUACCUGUCCUGAUUCAUGAUAUGUGAGAGCAUCGCCUGUAUAUACAUUUCUUAUUCCCUUUUUCCAGUAUUUUUUGUGCGGGAAUUUGUUGUUUGUCGGAAACUGUGUAGAGUCAUGGCUUCAUCAGAAGUUGAGAAUUUAGCUGGAAUGAGAAUCGCCUGUGUAUACGUUUCUCCUCGAGGCGUUGAUAGUUAUUUCUCCUUUCAAAAA